AUGCACUUUGAGGUAAAUAGCAUGAAAGUGUUCCCAUUGUUUGAUACACCCCAUUUGCUCAAAGGAAUUAGAAAUAAUUUAUUAAAUAAAGAUGCAAAAUUUAUUGAAAAUGGACAAGAAAAGUGGGCAAAGUGGGAACACCUAAAAAUGCUACUGGCCAUUGACGUUGGUGAUGAUGAAAUUCGUCUAGUAAAUAAGUUAACCGAAAAUCAUGUAAAUAAGGAUAAAUUAAAAAAAAUGAAGGUUAAGUUAGCUGCACAGAGCAUGCCGGAGGAGAAGCAGAGCUUGCAGGAGCUGAUGGGGCGGUUGUUGGUCGAGGAGGAGCGUAGUGGAAGUAUACCCAGCAGCAGCGCCAGCACGGCACCUCAAGACUCAGCAUUAGAGGUGGAGUUUUGUGAAUUAAAAGCUAAGAGAUUUCUGACAAUGGGAGAUGGUACUAAGUUAGAGGUUUUGGGAACAGGAAAGGUUAUUGUAUGGGCCUUUAAUGGUUCUAGUUAUGUUUCCCGUACGUUGGAUGACGUUCUAUAUGUACCUAACCUUAAAGUAAACUUAUUCUCUCUAGCAUCAGCUGUUAAUAAAGGUCACACAAUGGUGUCAGAUUCUAAUGGAUAUUGGCAUAUUAAGUUUGCACAUCAGAAUUACAAGUAUGUAAAAGAGUUUUUAGAUUUAAGGGGCAUUAAUAUGAAGGGCAGACUGAUCAGUGCUUACCAUGUAUCCAGGGAAAACAGCAUAGGUUACCAUUUAGUCAGAGUAGUAGUAGACACAAGAAGAGUAGAAACUCAUAGGGAUAUUGUAUUUGUAAAAGUUAAGAGUAACUCGGACAAUGCAUUAGAGAAAGACGAAACGGAGAAUGAAGAGGAGAACACAAGAGACGUCCAGCAGCAAAAAGAGGCAAGAAGCAUUGCAGAAGAUGUAGCAUCAAGUGAAGUACACAUGAUGGAAGAGUACUUAGAUGAAGAAUUUUUAGAUGCAGAAGAAGAUAUUCCUAAAAAUGAAGAAAAGAAGAAUUCUAGAAGUAAGAGACAAGUGAAAAAGCCAGCAUGGACUAAAGAUUAUGAUUUAGCAAUGACAGCACAAGGAGAAGAACAAUUGACUUAUGAAGAGGCAGUUAACGGAAAAUAUAAAGAAGAAUGGCUAAAAGUAAUACAAGCAGAACUAGAAGCAUUGUGUAAAAAUGAAACAUGGAAAGAGAAUGUGCCCAAGAAAGAUAUCCUCAAUUUGGGCUCAUUUAGAAAUGAAUUGGCCUUUACUCUCUGUAACUUAGGAGUAGUACAAGAAAAUAAAAGGGGUCGUCCAAGUUCUAGUGCUUUAGAGCAUGAAAUACAAGCAAAGAAAAAAAGAAGUGCUGUUGCAGUUGCUCCACCAAAGGAAGUUAGAAGAGAUGGACAGGGUCAUUGGCCUCUGGUUAAUGCAACGGAUCCAAUAUGCGUGAAACUUGAGCCUGAGAACUGCGGAUGGUUCUUAGAUGAAUAUUUAAAACCAGUAGGAUUCAUUGGGGAUCAUACACUUUUAAAGAUAGAAGACAUUGUCAAAAAAAGUGAAACAGAGAGUGAUGACGAAGAAGAUUCAGAAGUUGAAGAUCGUAGUUUUAUGUCCGAUGACUCGGAUUCUGAA